AUGUCGGUUCCUCAAGUUAAACGCAAAAUAAUGGACCCGAAAAUCCUCAUAUUCAUGCUCUUGGUAUGUUGUUCAUCAGUCUUCAAUGUAGGCGCUCAAUCUUACCAAGGGAAAUGGAAACUGCUGAAAAGAAGCAUCGGAGUUUCGGCAAUGCAUAUGGCAUUGUUACCCAAUGAGAAGAUUGUCACUUUCGACCGAUCCGAGUUCGGUCCUUCCAACAUUACUCUUCCGCAAGGGAAGUGCAUCAAAGAAGACUCGAAAUCAUCCGAUUGUUAUGCGCAUUCCGUUGAGUUCGAUCCGGCAACUCGAGCUGUUAGGCCACUGACUAUAUUGUCUGAUACGUGGUGUUCUUCGGGCGCAUUUUCGAUCGAUGGUACGUUAGUGCAAAGUGGUGGUUAUCGACUUGGUGAAAAAGUUGUUCGGUAUUUCAAGCCAUGCAUGGAUUGUGAUUGGGAAGAAGAUCAAAAUGGUCUUCUUUCACCGAGGUGGUAUGCUUCUAAUCAAGUUUUACCCGAUGGAAAGAUCAUUGUGGUGGGUGGACGAUAUCAGUUCACGUAUGAAUUUAUUCCAAAACUCUCCGGUUCCGAUCGAAUACUUUACAAACUUCCUUUCCUAAAGGAGACAAGAAAUUCAGCGUUGGUCCCCAACAAUCUCUACCCUUUUCUACAUCUAUCGACCGACGAAAAUCUUUUCGUUUUCGCCAAUGAUCGAGGGAUUCUACUCGAUUAUAUUAACAAUAAGGUGGUUAGAAGCUAUCCUGUAAUGCCUGGUGGGGUUCCCCGCAAUUAUCCUAGCACCGGAUCCUCUGUUCUUCUUCCUUUGAAACUCUUUAGUACCACCGAUAGCGACAAUAACACUAGUACCCCAGAUGCUGAGGUCUUAAUCUGCGGUUGGACAGCCCCGGAUUCGAAUGAGAAGGCUAAUGUUGGAGUCUUUGUUCCGGCAUCAAAAUCUUGUGGUCGCUUGAUAAUUACAGCGGCAUCUCCGGAAUGGGAAAUGGAGGAAAUGCCGAUCAACAGAGUGAUGGGCGACAUGAUCAUGUUACCGACCGGCGACAUUCUCAUCAUAAAUGGUGCGGCCAAAGGCACUGCUGGUUGGGGUGUUGCACGAGACCCUGUUCUGAACCCAGUUUUAUACCGCCCCGACCCUCGAAACAGUGACGAAAGCUCCAGGUUCGAGGUUUUAGCCCCAUCUUUGAUUCCUAGACUUUACCAUUCAACUGCUCAUUUGCUGUCCGACGGUAGAGUCUUAGUCGGCGGCAGCAAUCCUAACAUUAAUUACAACUUCUCUGCACUUUAUCCAACUGAACUCAGCCUUGAAGCAUUUUAUCCCCCAUAUUUCACCAAAACAAAGCCUCGGCCAUCGAUCGUUGCGGUAAACCCAGGGUUAAAAAUUGGUUUUAAGCAGAAAAUCUCUCUAGAAUUCACAUUAGAAGGGAGUGUUAUUCUAUCAGAUUUGUUCGUAACAAUGGUGGCUUCUUCUUUUACUACACAUUCAAUUGCAAUGAACCAAAGGUUGCUAGUUUUGGCAUUCAAUAAUAAAGUGAAGAAGACUUCUUCGGGGAACUAUUUGGUGGAAGGGUAUGCCCCAGAAACGGCGGCAUUGGCACCGCCUGGAUAUUACCAGUUGUUCUUGGUACACGAAGCUAUUCCAAGCAAAGGGAAAUGGAUCCAAAUCAAGCAGUUUUAA